AUGUGUAAUGUAAUCAAUCCGAUCCUACGCGCCUUGUACGGCUUGUUUACCAAAGCCACGCCAUUAUCUUUGUCAGCUUAUAAAGUCACUAUUAAAGAAGACUGCACGCCAUUUAUUUUGUCAAAUGAACAACUUGGUACCAUAAUGGAUGACAUGGAUAAAGCCAUCAAAAAUGGUUUGGGCAAAGAAACUAACCCGAGCUCUAUUGUCAAAUGCUUUGUUACCUAUAUUCAAGAUCUGCCCAAUGGUACAGAAAGAGGUAAAUUCUUGGCUUUAGACUUGGGCGGAACAAAUUUCCGUAUAUUAUUUAUCGAAUUGGGAGAAAAUGAAUAUUUUCAUAUGGACUCUGAAAUUUUUAAAGUACCUUCUCAUAUUCAGACUGGCAAAGGUACUGAAUUAUUCGAUCACAUUGCUAAAUGUCUGGCAGAAUUUGUAAAAAAACAUAAUUUGGACAAUAAAAAGGCAUUACCGUUGGGCUUUACAUUCAGUUUUCCACUUAGGCAAAUAGGAUUAACCAAAGGAUAUUUAGAAAGUUGGACUAAAGGGUUUAACUGUUCUGGAGUUGUAAAUGAAGACGUUGUCAAGCUUCUCAAAGAUGCCAUUAAAAGGAGAAAUGACAUCGAGAUUGAUGUGUGUGGAAUAUUGAAUGACACAACCGGCACAAUCAUGUCAUGCGCUUGGAAGAAUCCAAACACCAAAAUCGGACUUAUUGUUGGAACUGGGUGUAAUGCUUGUUAUGUUGAAAAAGUCGAAAAUGCGGAGCUGUUCAUUGGUGACAAAUCAAAACCACAUGUAAUCGUAAAUACAGAAUGGGGCGCGUUCGGAGACGACGGAAUAAUAGAUUCAAUCCGUACGAUAUACGACCGUAAACUCGACGAAAAUUCAUUGAAUCCAGGACACCAGAGAUUUGAGAAAAUGAUCAGCGGUAUGUACAUGGGCGAGAUCGUGAGAAUGGUCAUUGUAGAUUUGACGAAUCAAAAAAAAUUGUUCGACGGAAGACUAUCCGAACAGAUGAAAACACCCGGAACGUUCGACACGUCCUUCGUAUCAGAUAUUGAAAGCGACGAGACAAACUAUAAAGAGACGUUGAAAGUACUCAAUGAAAUGGGCAUCGUCAAACCAUCGUUUGUCGAUUGUGCCAACGUGCAAUUCAUUUGCGAAUGCGUUUCUAAACGGUCGGCUCACUUGGUUUCCGCCGGUCUGGCCACGUUACUUAAUAAAAUGAGUGAGAAGACCGUCACGAUCGGUGUCGACGGUUCCGUUUACCGUUUCCAUCCUUACUUUCAUAAGAUCAUGGUCGAAAAAAUUAAACAACUGGUCAACCCCGAAAUUAAAUUCGACCUGAUGUUGUCCGAAGACGGAAGCGGACGUGGGGCAGCCCUCGUAGCAGCGGUAGCCAUCAGGGACGAACAAUACAAUCGGCAACCAUUGGACUCGUAA